AUGUACGCAAAAGGCGAGAUCUUGAGGCGGCGAGAGGCAGUUGGGAUAAACGAUGUACGAGACCUCGUCCUUCAUCUCGCGGCAGAUGCGCCACCACCGAGUUGGGUCAGAGUCGAGAACUGUCAUAACGUCAAGAAGGUUGUCGCGCUCCUCGUUCCAGGACUUACACCGGAUCUUCUCUGCCUCCCUCCGCUCCCCACGUCUGCCACAUCCAACCCAAACGUCCCCAUCCAAGUUCCUCUUCCAUCUCCUGACGCCUCUGGGACGGACACGUCGGGCGUUCCCUUCAUCAACUCCACUUUCACCUAUACCUGCCCAACACGCGCUCCGGGCGAGCAAACGCGCAUGCACUCGGUGCUCAACACCUUCUUCCAAGGACCAGUUACUGGAGAUGAAAAGAAGCGCAGGUUGACCGAGAGGCUUGCAUCAGAACGUGCGCAAGAGAAAAACCCUAUGCACUACCUGCUCACGCUGGAGCAAAUGAUCGAGAACGGGUACCCCGUGCCAUCUUACCUCGCCGACGUGUUCGAGAAGCCAGCGGGAUGGGUCGAGACGGAGGUCAAGGAAGGAGAUGCGACGCUGCUCGCCCCGCCCAUGUCCCCGCUGCCACGAAUAUACGCGAUGGACUGCGAGAUGUGUCUCACAGACGCAGGCAAGCAGCUUGCACGUGUAUGUCUUAUCGACUAUACCUCCGGCAUCGUCGUCUACGACACCCUGGUCAAGCCCUCACUCCCCGUGACGGACUAUCUGACUCGCUGGUCCGGCAUCACCGCUGCAGCGCUGGAAAGGGCCACCAACCCGUUCGAAGCCGUGCAAGCGCACGUCGUCAAGCUCCUCUCAGCUCGUCCUACUCCCGUCCUCCUCGGGCAUUCGCUCGAGUCCGACCUCGGCGCCCUCAAAAUAUGCCACCCGAGGUGCAUCGAUACAGCGCUGGCUUUCCACCAUCCUCGAGGACGACCGCUCAAGCCUGGACUUGCGUGGUUGACGAAGAAGUGGUGCGGGCGCGAGAUCCAGAACCGCGGCGAGGGGGGACACGACCCAGAGGAGGACGCCCGGGCGUGCAUGGACCUGCUGAAAAAGAAGGUCGCUCACGGCCCGGGCUACGGUGAAUUCAGGGUGGACACGGAGUCGAUCUUCGAGCGCAUGUCCCGUUCGAAGCUGCACAAGAUGCCCGUCAGGAGCGCGGUCGUCGAUCACGGAAACCCAGCCGCGUGGCACGGGCAGAAGGCGACGACGUGCGUCGCGUGCACGACGGACAAGGAGGUCAUCGAGGGCCUCAUCGCGAACCUGGACACGCAUCACUUUCUCUUCGGGCGGAUGACCGCGCUCGCAGACGCGCGCGGAUGGAUCACACCCAAACCCUCCGGAGACCCCGUCCUCGACGCAGCCUCCGCCUUUGCUGCCUCUGACCCCGACCACACGCCGGACCCCGCCGUGCUCGCGCCGACGCUCGCGACGCUCGACGCGCAGCUGCGCGAGCUGUACGCCGCGCUCCCUGCGCGCGCAGCGCUCGUGCUCUUCACGGGCCACGCGGACCCGCGGCGCAUGGCGGCGCUCAACGCGCGCAAGGGCGCAUUCGAGGGCGCGCUAAAGACGGGCAAGGACGUCGACGAGGCGGGCGCGGAGAGCGUGCGGUGGACGAGCGCGGACGCGCGCGCGCUAGAGGAGGAGGUCGAGAAGGCGCGGAGGGGGCUGCUGUUCUUGGGCGUGAAGGGCUGA